AUGAACCAAUCUGCUUUUGUGAAAGGGAGAAGCAUAAUUGAUAAUACCCUACUUGCUCAAGAACUUGUUCGGGGUUAUUCUAGGAAGAAAAUUUCUCCAAUAUGUGCUCUCAAAAUUGAUUUGCAGAAGGCUUUCAAUUACUUAAACUGGGAUUUUGUGAGAAUUGUUUUACAUGCUCUAGGAUUACCUGAGAAAUUCAUAGGCUGGAUUUUGGCUUGUAUUACUAAUCCAGGCUACUCCAUUGUUUUCAAUGGUACUAUUGUUGGCUAUUUCAAAGGGGCUCGGGGUGUUAGACAAGGUGAUCCCCUCUCUCCUUAUAUUUUCGUCUUAGCCAUGAACGUUUUAUCGAGCCUCCUUAAUGUAGCUGCUAAGAAGGGAGUGUUCAGCUAUCAUCCUAAGUGCAAAAAAGGCUCUCUGGACUCUGUAAUUGGUGUACAAAUUGUUCUUGACUCUUUCUACUCCAUGUCUGGACUAAAACUAAAUGCUAGUAAGUGUGAAAUCUUUUAUGCUGGGAUUUCUGCUGAACAAUGUGCUGCCAUUAAGGAGUUAACAUGUUUCAAACUGGGUAAUCUCUCUGUUCGUUACCUGGGUGUUCCUCUGCUCGUUCUUCCUAAAGAGAUAAUUAACUCUAUUGAGCAGCUAUGUUCCAUAUUCUUUUGGAAAGGGUCCGACUUACCUGCAAGAGGCGCUCGUGUCAGCUGGAAAAAGGUCUGUACUACAUUGAAGUCAGAAGGUGACCUAGGUGUCCAAGAUGUAGGCGAAUGGAAUAAAUCAUGCACUGUUCGCCUUAUCAAAAAAUUAUUAGACAGUGAGGGCUCUCUCUGGGUGGCCUGGAUGUGUGCCUAUAUGGUCGGGGAUGCAAACAUCUGGCAGAUGAGAAUUCCUUCAAAUGUAAGCUGGUCAUUCAAGUACAUCUUGAAAAUCAGACCUACUGUUAUUCAUCUCUUUGCUGGCCUAAUCCAGAACCGAAGUGUUAAAAGUAUUCGGGAUGACUUGCAUAUCAAUAUCCCCAAAGUCUCUUGGCAGCAUCUUAUUUGGUUUCCUGGAGACCACCUGUUCUUUGGCUAUAAUUUUGCUAAAGACUUAUGGGGAGCUACUCUUACUUUAUGUGGUCUGUAUAGAGGCGUUAGAGGCUGGGAUAGUGAACUGGCUUGGGCAAUCUGUUACCUUAAGGGCAAGUCCCUUAUUGUGAGAAUUCUUCGACUUGCUUGGGCAGGCCAUGUCUAUUGCAUUUGGAGGGAAAGGAAUUGCAGGCUCUAUGGGGGUUGUGCUCGCCCAAUGGAUGCGUUACUGCAGGAUAUCAAAGUUGUCAUUCGGAUUCAGUUGAUGGGAUGCAAUAUUAGCAGUUCCGACCCACAUAAUACAGCUCUUUGUACUAGUUGGGGUAUCACUUAG